UUUUACAAGAAAACCGUUGUCAAAACCAGCUAAAACCGUUGCCUAAAGGCAGGGAGGGACUAAAAAUGAAACUGCAAUAUUUAUAAGGACCAAAAACUUAUUUAACCCUAUUAGAAACAACAAAACUAGAGGGAAAAAAAUAACCGAGGGAAACUGAGAGAGAAAGAAAGAAAAAACUUUCAAAAAACCAUUUUCUUUCUCUUCACUUUCUUUCUUUCUUCGCCUUUCUUUCUUCUUGAUUCAUACAGAAAGAAAGGCUCUCUCAGAAUCCUAAUGUCUGCAUCUUCAUCAUUAUUUUUCUCAUUCUCAUGAGCAUUUAAUUACAAAAUAAUAAUAUUUUUGAAUUGUUACGAACGGUGUUUGAUUGAAUCUUCCCAACAUUUAAUCGUUUAUUUUCUCAUAAAUCGAUUCGGAUUUUCGUUUUUCGAAAGUGUUGAAUUGUUGAGGCCGAGUAAUGGCGACAGAGCCAGAGCCAGAGCCAGCUUUGCCAUUCUCACUUGUAUCCGUUGUUGAAGACGUUAUUCAAAAACAUGGAAGUAGUUUAAGCGAUAUCAAUUUGGCUACAAGAAAAGCUCAAGAAGCUUCUUCAAGAAGGAAUGGAGCAGCUACUUGGCUGCGAAAUACAGUUGGAAACGUCGGAGGAAAAGAGAUGGUGGAUGAACCUUCUGAACAAGAUUUCAGAAUUGCAUUGCGAAGUGGCAUUAUCCUUUGCAAUGCUCUCAACAAAAUUCAACCUGGAGCUGUUCCCAAGGUAGUUGAAGCCCCGAGUGACAUUGAUAACAUUCCUGAUGGGGCAGCGCUGUCUGUUUAUCAAUACUUUGAAAAUGUAAGGAAUUUUCUAGUAACUGUGGAGGAGAUGGGGCUUCCAACAUUUGAAGCUUCUGAUUUGGAGGAGGGAGGGCAAUGUUCGAGGAUAGUGAAUUGUGUUUUAGCACUUCAAUCGUAUAGUGAAUGGAAAAUGGGAGGUAAAAAUGGAUUGUGGAAAUAUGGUGGGAAUCCCAAACCACGUAGCUUUGAGAAACCAGUUGUGAGGAAACGCUCAGAACCAUUUACGAGGUCUUUGUCAAGAGCUAAGUCAAUAGGCGACAAAGAUAGUUCGCCGGGUGAUCACUCUUUUAACAUUGAUGCUGUACUGCCUGAUCCCAGUGAAGGGAGUUCUAUUCCUUCAGUGUAUUCACUAAUUCGUGAAAUUUUGCAUGAUAAGAAGCAAGAAGAAAUUCCAAUUAUAAUGGAAUCUCUGCUUAGUAAAGUCAUGGAGGAGUUUGAAAGUCGCGUGCUCACCAUACAGCAACAAACAUCUAUAACACCCCGAGAAGAUAAGGCACCAUCUAAAGCAUUGAAUUCAAAUUUAAAAGUUGUUGAUGGUGAUGAAGAGGUAAAAAAUGAUGAUGUAGAUGGUGUGAAGCACAAUGGCAGUGAAGAAUCAAGUAGCCAGCUUUUGAAGCAUCAAAACUGCCAAAACAUAAUUCAAAGGCAAAAUGAAAACAUCCAGGAAUUGAAAAUGAUUGUUCAUCAAACAAAAGAAGGAAUGCACUGUCUACAUAAAAAAUACAGGGAGGAUUUCGUCUAUCUAGCUAAGCAUCUGAAUAGCUUAGCUUCUUCUGCUUCAGGAUAUCAGAAAGUUCUAGAAGAAAACCGCAAGUUAUACAAUCAGAUGCAGGACUUGAAAGGAAAUAUUAGAGUGUACUGUAGAGUUCGCCCCUUAAAAGGGCAACCAAACAAUCGUGGCAUUGUUGGUAAUGUAGAAGAAGAAAGUCUUUCACUCAUAAUGCCUUCUAAGAAUGGAAAAGAGGCGAAGAAGAUAUUUACUUUUAACAAAGUGUUUGGUCCUUCUGCAACUCAAGUGGAGGUUUUCUCAGAUAUACAACCUCUGAUUCGUUCAGUUUUGGAUGGAUUCAAUGUUUGUAUAUUUGCCUAUGGCCAGACAGGCUCAGGAAAAACACACACCAUGUCUGGACCAGACAAUAUUAGCGAGGACACAGUUGGUGUCAACUACCGCGCUUUGAGGGAUCUUUUCAAUCUUUCAGAACAACGGAAAGACACAAUUCACUAUGAUAUCUCUGUCCAAAUGCUUGAGAUAUACAAUGAGCAAGUGAGAGACCUGCUAAUGAUUGAUGCUUCUAAUAAAAGAUUAGAAAUUCGCAACAGCUCCCAUAAUGGUAUUAAUGUGCCAGAUGCAAACCUUGUUCCUGUUUCAUCCACAGCCGAUGUCUUAAAUUUGAUGAACUUGGGGCAAAGGAAUCGGGCAGUUAGUGCUACUGCGAUGAACAAUCAAAGUAGUCGUUCUCAUAGCUGCUUGACAGUUCAUGUUCAAGGAAGAGAGCUUACGUCAGGAAAUAGUCUACGUGGAUGUAUCCACCUAGUUGAUUUGGCUGGAAGUGAGAGGGUUGAUAAAUCUGAGGUCAUAGGAGAUAGGCUAAAGGAGGCUCAACAUAUUAACAAGUCGCUUUCCGCUUUAGGAGAUGUAAUUGCUUCCCUUGCCCAAAAGCAACCACACGUUCCUUACCGAAACAGUAAACUUACUCAGUUGCUUCAGGACUCUCUUGGAGGCCAAGCAAAGACACUCAUGUUUGUUCAUAUUAGCCCGGAGCCUGAAGCUCUUGGAGAAACUAUUAGUACACUUAAGUUUGCUGAAAGGGUCUCAACUGUUGAACUUGGUGCCGCAAGGGUUAAUAAAAGUAGCAGCGAAGUGAAAGAGCUGAAGGAACAGAUUGCUAGUCUACAGGCCACAUUAGCAAGGAUGAAGGAUGGAGAGUUGGAUAACUUUAAACAUCCUGCAAAUAGCAUCACUGACAUGACAAGGUCAACAUCUCAAUUGUCUUUCCUUGCCCCAACUAGUUGGACUUCCGGAGCUCGUAAGUUACCAAGAGAUGAUUCUAAUAGCAUCGAGGACCCUAAAAAGGCUGCAUCCAAGCUGAAAAUACAAAGCCUUGAUCCUGAAGACAUAUAUAUGAAUUUACCUACAUGGCCACAUCCACAUGCUGGGGUACAUGGAAAUGAGGAUGACAGAGAAUCAGUUUCUUGUAGAAGUAUGAAUAGGGAUAAGAGCUUCACAACUGAUGAUAGCCUCACUGGACAGUCGGAAAUAGAAAGCAAACAUUCUCCAUUGUUAAGUCCCUCAUAUCUUUCAGACCCUUCAAAAAUAUGUAUGGAGGUGGCCACCACACCCACAAAUGACUAUGAUGAGCUUGAGUUAGCAACUAGUGAAUGUUCAGAAUCAGACAUGAGUUGGCAAUCUCAUUCAUCCAAAACAACCGCCAUCUCCAAUGCAUUAGUGUCUAGACCAAAGAAAUCAGUUCAUCUCAAACAAGCAAAGAACUUCGAAACCAGGAGUAUGCUCCCGUCGUUGACUCCUUCAUCGCCAAGGAAACAACCUACAUUAGUUAGUCAACCAAGAAAGCAUUCAGGUUCAGUUUCUGCUAAAAGAAGAAGUGGAAAUGCCAAGUGAGAUAGCUGCUCCAGGGGCCAGGGACAAGCUUCCUAUUUUAUUUCCCCACUGCCUUAACAAUUUUUGUAUAUAUCUAUAAUUUAGUUGUAAAGAGAAAUGAUAAGGGUUUUAAUUUUUCAUCAUUAGAGGGACAGUGAAAUAGUUGCCUCUGUUUUAUAGUGUGAUCAUGAGAUGCCACCCCAUAUCAAUCUGUUUAUAGGGACAUAAUUUUUGUACAAAAGGAGAAGAGGAAAAUCCAACUUAGUUUUUAGUGUCCUAUCCUCUGCUGCACUAGAACAAGAAAAGUAAGGGGAGUAAUGGAAAAGUGAUAGUGUUGUUUUUA